AUGUCAAAUCUCAGCAAAGGCGGCACCAAAAAGGACACCAAGAUGAGGAUACGAGCCUUUCCUAUGACGAUGGACGAGAAGUACGUCAACAACAUCUGGGACCUCCUCAAGAACGCCAUCCAGGAGAUCCAGCGGAAGAACAACAGCGGCCUGAGCUUCGAGGAGCUGUACAGGAACGCUUACACCAUGGUGCUGCACAAACACGGCGAGAAGCUCUACACGGGCCUGCGGGAGGUUGUCACCGAGCACCUCAUCAACAAAGUGCGGGAUGAUGUACUAAACUCCCUGAACAACAACUUCCUUCAAACCUUGAACCAAGCCUGGAACGACCACCAGACAGCUAUGGUGAUGAUCCGAGAUAUCUUGAUGUACAUGGACCGAGUGUAUGUGCAGCAGAACAACGUGGAAAACGUCUAUAAUUUAGGUCUCAUCAUUUUCCGGGACCAGGUGGUCCGUUACGGCUGCAUUCGGGACCACCUGAGACAAACGCUGCUAGAUAUGAUCGCCAGGGAGAGAAAGGGAGAGGUGGUGGACAGGGGGGCCAUACGUAAUGCCUGCCAGAUGUUAAUGAUCUUAGGCCUCGAAGGCCGGUCAGUUUAUGAAGAGGACUUUGAGGCUCCAUUCUUAGAAAUGUCUGCAGAGUUCUUCCAGAUGGAGAGUCAGAAGUUUCUGGCGGAGAACAGCGCGAGCGUGUACAUAAAGAAAGUCGAGGCGCGGAUAAACGAAGAGAUUGAGCGGGUGAUGCACUGCCUGGAUAAGUCGACGGAGGAGCCCAUUGUAAAGGUGGUGGAACGGGAACUCAUCUCCAAGCACAUGAAGACCAUCGUUGAAAUGGAGAACUCGGGCCUCGUCCACAUGCUCAAGAAUGGAAAGACGGAAGACCUGGCGUGUAUGUAUAAGCUGUUCAGCAGGGUGCCAAAUGGUCUGAAGACAAUGUGUGAGUGCAUGAGCUCCUACCUGCGGGAGCAGGGCAAGGCUCUGGUGUCUGAGGAGGGAGAGGGCAAGAAUCCAGUGGACUACAUCCAGGGCUUGCUGGACCUAAAGUCUCGCUUCGACCGCUUCCUGCAGGAGUCCUUCAAUAACGACCGCCUGUUCAAGCAGACCAUAGCUGGUGACUUUGAAUACUUCCUCAACCUGAACCCCCGCUCGCCCGAGUACCUCUCACUCUUCAUUGACGACAAGCUGAAGAAGGGCGUGAAAGGAUUGACAGAGCAAGAAGUGGAGUCCAUCCUGGAUAAAGCCAUGGUGCUGUUCAGGUUCAUGCAGGAGAAGGAUGUGUUUGAGCGCUAUUACAAACAGCACCUGGCCAGAAGGCUUCUCACCAACAAGAGCGUCUCUGACGACUCUGAGAAGAACAUGAUCUCAAAGCUGAAGACGGAGUGCGGCUGUCAGUUCACGUCCAAACUGGAAGGCAUGUUCAGGGACAUGAGUAUCUCAAACACAACCAUGGAUGAGUUCCGGCAGCAUCUACAGUCAACGGGGGUCUCCUUGGGUGGUGUUGACCUCACCGUCAGGGUGCUGACGACAGGUUACUGGCCCACUCAGUCCGCCACGCCCAAGUGUAACAUCCCUCCAUCACCACGACACGCAUUCGAGGUGUUUAGAAGGUUUUAUUUGGCCAAGCACAGCGGCCGGCAGCUCACACUGCAGCACCACAUGGGCUCUGCAGACCUCAAUGCCACCUUCUAUGGGCCAAUCAAAAAGGAGGAUGGCUCUGACAUGGGUGUGGGUGGCGCCCAGGUGACCGGCUCCAACACCAGAAAGCACAUUCUGCAGGUGUCCACUUUCCAGAUGACCAUCUUGAUGCUCUUCAACAACAGAGAGAAGUCAACCUUUGAGGAGAUCCAGCAGGAGACGGACAUCCCGGAGCGAGAGCUGGUGCGGGCGCUGCAGUCUCUUGCGUGUGGGAAGCCCACCCAACGAGUGCUCACUAAGGAGCCCAAGUCUAAGGAGAUAGAGAACGGCCACGUAUUCACUGUCAACGACCAGUUCACUUCCAAACUGCAUAGAGUAAAGAUUCAGACAGUUGCUGCUAAGCAGGGUGAAUCGGACCCCGAGAGGAAGGAGACACGGCAGAAAGUGGACGACGACAGGAAGCAUGAGAUCGAAGCGGCAAUCGUCCGCAUCAUGAAGUCCAGGAAGAAGAUGCAGCACAAUGUGCUAGUAGCAGAGGUCACUCAGCAGUUGCGGGCACGGUUCCUCCCAAGUCCAGUGGUCAUUAAAAAGCGCAUUGAAGGACUUAUUGAGAGGGAAUACUUGGCGAGAACGCCAGAAGAUCGCAAAGUGUACACUUACGUAGCAUAAACGUGGCGUGAAUUUCAAACGAAAACCUGGUGUGGUGUGAAAGGGAGUGAGAGAGAGAGAGUGAGUGAGUGAGAGAGAGAGAGAGAGAGCAUUAUUUUUGGGACUUGGUCAUGCGCAUGAAGUGGGAGGUUGUCUUUUUUUGGGUGUUUUUUUUUUCUUUUUGUUUUGUUUUUUCCAUCGUUACUGGGGAAAACUGAGAAGUUAACCUUUAACCUUCCGUGUGGACUCGUUUUAAAUAGCUCUUAGCGAUU